CCGUCGUCGGAGGUCACGGCGUGACACGUUUUAACUUGGGAGGGCGCGUGUUUUUCUUCAGACGGCGCCGUCGUCCUGCGUUCCUGCGUGCGGUAGAUAACAGGCCUUUUAUUAAGUAUUUAAUAUGUGCAUCGCGUGAUGGACCACAGCCUCACGACCGGCAGACUCAUGGAUACGUCGUGGAUAUUCUUUUUCUUCUUUGCCAUCGCCGAUGUUGCGGCCUCGGUUGAUGUGCAUUUUGAAAAUAAGGAUGGUGGAUUUUUUCUGAAACAUUCGCCGAGACAGUAUUAUCCGUCGACGUCGCGACAAGAAACGAUGACGCCAAUAUCAACGGUAACGGCGGCGUCGCCUCCAGGUUCAAUUUUAUCCAUCGACAAAUUCACUGUCUUCCAGACAAGCGAACCGGUUUCAGUGAGAGCGACCUACGGCCCUUUCAGUACAAAACAAACUGUUCCGGCCAGAUACAUCGUACCGGAUCCCCUCGAUACACUUCCGUUACCAGAUCCAAGGAGAGGACCAAAUAAUACAACCACAUCAUCGCUGGCGAUGAGCCGGGCAUUGUUAGACGCCCAGGAACUUGGAACGAGGCAUUUGGAUAUGUCAGCUCACCUGGUGAGCAACACAGUUGCACGUGAUUCACCGGUCCUCAGGGUAUUGUUCCAUGCGGGAAGCGAGUCAACCGGUAGAAGACAAUUGCUUCUGGGUCGUCAUCAAAGAGUCUGCGUCGUGCUGCACGCUUCUUUAAACGGUGGUAGCAGCAGGUUGAGCUCGACAACAUCAAAGGACUCGUCAUCAUCCUCAUCGUCCUCCUCCUCAUCAUCAUCAUCGUCGACGAAUAAAAAUGGACCAUUAACAGCCGCCUGCAGUCCCGAUGGUGAAGAUGGCGUUUGCCUCGCGCAAAUAACAAUUCCAGCAAAUUGGUGGCCACCAUUACCACCACCAGAUGCCUCGGGUCGAAUCAAAGUACCAAAAACACUGCCACGAAUAGUUCAACUUUCCUAUUCGGUCCUCGAGCCAAGGAACAAUGAAGACGGAGCACUGCCUCAUGUACUUGAUUCGAGUUCAUCGUUAUUCUGUCAGCCGAGGGUGCAAAUACAACCGGUCACGCCUUUAGGCAGCGUGACCCUAACGCCAAAUCGAGAGGAUUAUAAAGAACUAAAAACGGACGAGUAUCUCACUCUUUUGGUUCCCCAUGGACCUCUUUAUCCGAGAUCGAGGCUCCACGUGCCGGCUUUUCUCCAUUCGCACUCAUCUCGUCAGGGUGCACAGGGGAGACCACCAGUUGCUGCUGUUGUACUCAGAGCUCGGGUCAAGUCUGACGUUAAAAUCCUAGAUGCAACAUCGAGCAAUCCGGAUUGGAUAGUGGAAUCUAAGAUCAAUAUGAAGAGUACCACGGCCACCUUCACGGCCAGAAGGAAGGAAAACGUGUCACGUUUACCAAACGCGUCAGCCGAAGAGAUUAUGACUAUGCUACUGGAGGCGAGUGACGAGGGUGCAGGAGGCAACUGGGACGGGGGAAGAAUCGUGUGGAGCGUACGAUAUGCCUUCGAAGGCGAGGAAGAUAACGUUUCCAUACCUGGCAUGUAUCAGUUAAGCCAACAGCAGCAGCAGCAUCAUCAUCACCAUCAUGUGGAAAGAGGAAAGGUGCAAGCGCGUCUUGAGAUUCAGAAGGAUGAUAUUCAAGCGGUUCUGCCCAUUUCAAAGAACUGGGAAGUAAUGAAUACAGCGGUUCUCACCGGCAGACAAGUCUCUCAGGCCAUGAAAGUUUUUAUCGUCAGUCAAGCUGGUAAAGUUGCCGAUGUUACACUACAAUCCUCCUGUCAUUCCGAAGACGAAAGUGUUCUUAAGGUGUCCUCGUCAUGCAGUAGCGUUUACGUUGACGGCUCGGAGAUUCGCGGCUCGAGUAACGCGUCAGUUUUAGUGAAAUAUGGCACCUACACGGGACUAGCAAGAUUCACUGUUUGGAUGCCCGAAUUUCCGCUCGAGGUGACUGUGAGUGAUCCUCGGCUUAAUCAGAUCAAAAGUUGGAAAGUCCCUGAGGAGCAUUUAAUCUCGAAAAACAAGCGAAGUCUUAACGAAACUUCAACGAAAAGUAAUGGAGAUUCGAUAGUGAGAAAAAGAAGUUCGGACUUGGCAACUGAAUCGUCGGAUUUAGAGAGCGACGACGAUGUGGUGGAUGAGGAAAUCGACGACGACGAUUUAGAUGAUGAGGAUGAGGACGACGAUGGUUCCUUAAGAUUUCGCGGACACAAAUGGGACGAGAUCAAUGCCAUUGACAGAAAUCCAUCGGCGAAUUGUCGUCUUCGCUUUCAACAAAGUCCUGUUGAAAUUCACGCUAGAUUCUUCGCGGCGGAUCACGACUCGGGAAGAGUUUCCUAUUUCGUGAAUCGUCGAACUUGGUUGCGAAUUACGGACCUGGUGCUCUCGAUGUUGAGAGUCUCGGAUCCACGAAUUGCUACGCUAAGCCAGGGAAAAAUAGUCCAGGGUCGAAGUAUUGGUCGUGCGGAAGUUCAAGUUCUGUCGCCAAUCACCGGACGUGUGAUUGGGGCAAAAGAAGUGCGCGUUGGGAAUGAUCGAAUCGCCGUUUCGAAAUUAUCCGUGAAAGUCGUUUCCGGCCUGCAACUCACGAUAAAUCCUGAUUCGACUAUUGAAAAUGGAUACAUCGCUGAAACGUCGGUCACGAGGAAACUCACCGCUCAAUAUCAGGAGGGUUUGUUGGACAUUGACGUGGAAUUUUCGGACGGCUCUCGAACACCCUUGAGGGAGAUUGCAGUGUCGGAUUAUCAUCUCGUUGUGGAGAGUUUAGAUCCAGAGGUUGUGGCCUUUGCGCCAAUGGUGGCGUCGCAUCAUCCGCGAGUGAUUGCCGUUGGCGAAGGUCGCGGUGAUCUGUUGAAAGUGACCCUUCAUCUAGCCGACUCGUGUCGAUUGUCGGGGAGAAAAUUGAAAACACCAACGACGAGAGGUACGCCAAGUCUGCCACUGGCGACAUCAACCGCCAAUGUCGAGGUUGAUUUCGCUACCAGCGAUCUACCAAAUCGACCUGAAUUCGUGCAAAACGAUGGCGGCACACUUGGCGGCAAUUCUCAUCACAGAGAGCGAAAAAAUGGCAAAGACGGUGCACCCGAUCUUAAUGAUAUUUUAAUUGGUUUACCACUAAAAGACGAAAACGACCACACACCAACGAUGCAGGCAAGACAGCACCGCAUGGCUAUAGAUAAUGGCAUGUCUUCAGGGGGAAUGGGAGGCGUUGGCAUUCGACAUCAGGGUGGACCGCGAAUGACGCCCAUGGAAAUUGGACUGUACGUGCUUUUGGCGGCCUUCUGCUUCGCUAUCGUCGUCUUUGUCGUGUCCUGUGUCGUCUACACGAGUAAAUUCAAACCACAGUCGGCGGACUCACCGCUACCUGGACUUCCUGGCCUUGGAGCAGCGAGAGCCGCUGCCAGUCAACUCGCUCAAAAUCGACGACCCCGAGAAUCGACAACCAACGCUCACGAUUGGGUCUGGCUUGGACGUGCCACUCUCGAAAGAGCCGGAACUGGACCUCAACAGGUUCGUGUAACCAGCAAUCCGCUCGCCGGAGAGAAUAAUCCGCUUACGGAUGCUGCUGAGCUGGGUACAAGUUUUGAUAAUCCUAAUCACAUCGAGUUACCUUCGGUGGUACGAGCAACUCCCUCGGCACCCAUCGACACUACAACUUACUGCAAGAGGGAUAAAAUGCCAUAUAGCUUCAUCAAAAAGUCCAUGGACGGACAGAACUCAACGAAGCCCGUCAUUGUUCCAACUGCACCAACAGCAAAUGCUCUCGCACAAAAUAAUAAUGACGAUGUGCCGCCGCCGUUACCACCGCACGGAAUUUUACCGCCCUCAGCAAUGACAUCAACGACGGACGACGCAAAUGGAAAUGACGAUUAUAAACCUCCGGUUCCUCCUCAUCGAAAUACGGGAGUUCUAGCUCGACUUCCGGAGACACCGCGGAAACGUCAUCAUCGAACGGCAAGUGCAAGUCACAAUGGUAAUUAUCGACAUCACGAUAAACAUCAUGAUAAACAUGAUAAACACGAUAAGCAUCAUGAUAAACACGAUAAACAUGAUAAGCAUCAUGAUAAACAUAAUCAAAAGCACGAGAAACAUCACGAUAGACAUCAUGAGAAGCACGUGAAAAAUUAUCGUUCAAAAAAUUCCACGUCAAACACUAAAGAUAAUGAACUUGCGUUUGUUGAGCUUAGAAAUAAUGACGAAAAGCGAAUUAAGUGCGCAAAAUCAAGGGAGGUAAAGAGAGCGACUGUCAUUGGUAAUCCAAUGUUCUCAUCGUCAUCAUCCUCGUCUUCAUGUUCAUCGAAUCAUGAACAAGAGGAAGCUGUUCCCAUGGAUGAUCUCAAUCUUGGCAUGGAUUAUAAUCAGAUUAUGCAGUACUUCGAUAACCUGAAGGAAUCGAAUGCCUGAAAAAGGGCCUUUGAUCGCUCAGGUGAUCAGAGUUUGUAGACGUGUUGAUUUUUCCGAAUUUCCGCGACUCGUCAAAAAGCCGCUGAAACCGGCUUUUCUUUAUUAUCACACGAGAAUCGGUCCCUUAGCUUUGUGCAAAGUUUUUCUUUUAAUAAAAUUCAGUCAUUUUUUCACGCUAAAAUUUUAAUUAUUUAAAAGAGAAUUUUAAUAUUAAUUUUAAAUUUAACUCUAAAUUUUAAAUAUUGAAUUUAAUUUUAAUAUUAAUUUUAAGUUUUAAUUUUAAAUAUUGAAUUUAAUUUUAAUAUUAAUUUUUAAAUUUUAAUUUUAAAUAUUGAAAAAUAUGUUACAAUUCAGAAUACUUCGAUAAUUACAAAAGUUUGAGUUUUAUAAAAAAAAAUUUCGAUUCAAAAAGCAAUUUUUGCAAUUUUUUUCCAAAUUAGAGAAAAACUGUGAAAGCUGUAAAAAUUAAAUCUCAGAGACGUCGAUUCAAAUCGAGAACCGAAGGAAGAGUUCAAACAGUACAAAAAAAACCUUUUUAAUGACAAUAAUAGUCUUUCCUUUUACUCUUUAAACUCUACCAACAAAAAGAAACUAUUUUCUAGUUUUCUCAAUCAUUGAUACGAUUUCUCAGAAAUAAAUUUUUUCAGCUUUGAUCUAAAGCAUUUUGUUUAAAGCAUUUAAGAAAAACUGAUUUUUUCAUCAAGACCGAAACUUGGAACGAGUCGCGGCUAAUCGGAAAGCAUCACUUUUUUAAAAGAAAAAAAGCAAUAGACGCGAAUAAACGAUUUCCCUGACGCUUUGCUGCACGCAAAUAAAAAUUAGAAUUUCAUCUUUUUAUAUAUAUUUUUUCCUUUUUUUUUGGUUGCGUAGAGCGAAUUGAGCAGGGAAAUUCGAAACUUAUUGUAGAUUAUGUUUCUAGUCAGCUUCCUAGCAGCACAUCAAAUUACACUCUUAAAUAAUCGAUCUUUAAAAAAAAACUGGCUCUAUUUGACUGAUGGGAUAAAAGAGAGAAAAAAAAGAUCAACAGACGUAGCAAUGAUUUUUAAAAAAAUCGUGAUUUUUUAAGGAUUUUAAAAGAAAAUCCAAAUUUGAUUUAUCAUUUUAAAUGACAAAAAAAAGGUUCCUAAACGUGAAGGACGUGAGGUCACAGACAGUAAAAUCGGAAAAAUUAAGUGAAAAGUAGAAGGAGAAUAAAAAAUUAAAUUUUUAUGAUUCAAUUGAAAAAAAGUUAAUGUGUUUCUUAAUUCCAUCUUUGCAAGAUAGACCGAUUAAUUAUGUCAAACUUGAAAAUAAUAAUUCAUUUAUAGUAAAAAUAGAAAUUUUAAGAAUUGAUCUCAAUUUUCAAGAAUAAAUCGCUAUUUGUAAUUAUGGUAAUUAAAUAUCGAGAGACACAUUUUUAACAGAAGCUCUUUUUUAUGCCCGGGAAAAAAGAAGUUUUGUAAAAUUAUACGAUCGGAAUAUUUGAAAUGAAUUUAAUUUUAACUAA